UGUGAUCUCAGUCCCCAGCACUUGGCCAUCUGUCUUCUCUCUGUUCUUGAGGACCUGGUCUGUGUCUCGGUCAAUCAAACUGCUGUGCGGUGUCCCGAUCGGUUCUCACAGACAGCACUUCCGGCACGAGUCUGUGAUUUCCGCCGCCGUCGACGAAUUUUCCUCCGACCGGCUGGAAGCAUUGCGCUCGGAAUUCCGCCAAUUGGCCCUUCUACGAUAAGAGUACAGGAAGAGAUCACAUCGCCAUCAUGCCUCGCAAGGCCAUUGAUUCGCGUAUUCCGGCGCUCAUCCGGAACGGCGUUCAAGAGAAGAAGAGAAGCUUCUUUGUCGUCGUCGGCGACCGCGCUAAGGAUGUUAUCGUCAAUUUGCACUACAUCAUGUCCAGCGUCGACGUCAAGCAGAACAAGUCUGUUCUGUGGGCUUACAAGAAGGAUCUACUGGGAUUCACUAGUCACCGCAAGAAGCGCGAGGCUAAGAUCAAGAAGGAGGUCAAGCGCGGUAUCAGAGAGCCGAACCAGGAGGACCCGUUCGAGCUGUUCAUCACCCUCAACCAGAUCCGCUAUGUCUACUACAAGGAAACGGAGAAGAUUCUCGGUAACACGUAUGGCAUGUGCAUUCUCCAGGACUUCGAAGCCAUGACGCCCAACCUGCUCGCCCGCACUGUCGAAACCGUCGAGGGAGGUGGUAUUGUUCUGCUGUUGCUGAAGGGCAUGAGCAGCUUGAAGCAACUCUAUACUCUGUCGAUGGACAUUCACUCACGGUACAGAACCGAGGCGCAUGACGAUGUGGUGGCUCGAUUCAACGAGCGUUUCAUCCUUUCCCUGGGCAGCUGCGACUCCUGCCUUGUUCUGGACGACGAAAUGAACGUUCUUCCUAUCUCCGGAGGCAAAAACGUCAAGCCGCUGCCGCCCCCCGAAUCGAUUGACGAGAACAACACGGGCACUAAGAAGGAGUUGAAGGAAAUUAAGGAGAGCCUGGAAGAGUCUCAGCUGGUUGGGCCCCUGGUCAAGCUGGCCAAGACCGUGGAUCAGGCGAAGGCGCUUCUUACCUUCGUGGAUGCGAUUGCCGAGAAGACGCUUCGCAGCACGGUGACAUUGACUGCCGGCAGAGGUCGCGGUAAGUCGGCGGCGCUUGGUGUCGCCAUUGCGGCUGCGGUGGCCCAUGGAUACAGCAACAUCUUCAUCACCUCGCCCAGCCCAGAGAACUUGAAGACUCUUUUCGAGUUCGUGUUCAAAGGUUUUGAUGCGCUCGGCUACAUGGACCAUGUCGAUUACACCAUUUUGCAGUCGACGAACCCCGAUUUCAACAAGGCUAUUGUUCGCGUCAACAUCCACCGUCAGCACCGCCAGACCAUUCAGUACAUCCAGCCGCAGGAUGCUCAUGUUCUGGGUCAGGCUGAAUUGUUGGUUAUCGAUGAGGCUGCCGCCAUUCCUCUGCCCUUGGUCCGCAAACUGAUGGGCCCGUACCUGGUGUUCAUGGCUUCCACAAUCAACGGUUACGAAGGAACCGGUCGGUCUCUUUCGCUGAAGCUGAUUCAGCAGCUUCGUGAGCAGUCCAGAGGAGGACUGAAGACCAAUGGUGAGGAGGGAAUCGAUGUCGCUGAUCGGGCGACCGGCAAGGCGGCCAAGAACGCCGACAAGGGUCUGGGUGGCCGUUCGCUCCGCGAGAUUACCCUUGCUGAGCCUAUUCGUUACGCUCCCGGCGAUUCGGUGGAGAAGUGGCUGAACAAGGUCUUGUGUCUUGACGCGACUUUGCCCAAGUCCCGGAUGAACACCCAGGGCUGCCCCCACCCAUCGCAGUGCCAACUGCUCCAAGUCAACCGUGAUACCCUAUUCUCCUUCCACCCUGUCUCCGAGAAGUUCCUGCAGCAGAUGAUGGCCCUCUACGUGGCCAGCCACUACAAGAAUACCCCUAAUGAUCUCCAGCUUAUGAGCGAUGCCCCCGCGCACCAGUUGUUUGUCCUUGUCCCUCCCAUUGACGAGGAGGCCACGAAGCUUCCCGAGCCCCUUGUUGUGAUCCAGGUUGCGCUGGAAGGUCGCAUCAGCAGACAGAGCGUUCUCAACAGUUUAAGCCGCGGUCAACGAGCCGGAGGAGACCUGAUUCCCUGGUUGGUCAGCCAACAAUAUCAAGAUGAAGACUUCGCCGGCCUCUCCGGUGCCCGAGUGGUCCGCAUCGCCACGAACCCCGAGUACCUCAACAUGGGCUACGGUUCCCGCGCGUUGGAGCUGCUGACCGACUUCUACGAGGGCAAGUUCACCAGUCUGUCAGAGGAUGCCGUGGAGACUCCGGAGGAGAUGGUCCGCGUGACGGACGAGGAACUCGCCAACUCCAAUCUCCUGGACGACAACAUCCAAGUCCGCGACAUCCACAAGAUGCCUCCCUUGUUCGGCAAGCUUUCCGAGCGCCGCCCCGACGCUCUGGACUAUCUCGGUGUCAGUUUCGGUCUGACCCCCUCUCUGCACAAAUUCUGGAAGCGGUCCUCCUUCUCUCCAGUCUACCUCCGCCAGACUCCCAACGACCUGACCGGCGAGCACUCGUGCGUGAUGCUGCGCACGCUUGCCACCGGCCCCAACGACGCCAGCUGGCUGGGCGCGUUCUCGCGGGAUUUCCACAAGCGGUUCAACUCGCUCCUGUCGUACCAGUUCCGCGAAUUCCCCUCGGUACUGUCGCUCAGCAUCUGCGAGUCCGCCAACGCCGGCGCCAAGCUCGACAUCUCCUUCACUCCGCUCCCCCUGACCAAGGCCGACCUGGACCGCGCCUUCUCUCCCUUUGACCUCAAGCGUCUCGACAGCUAUGCCAACAAUCUCCUCGACUACCACGUCAUCCUGGACAUGGUCCCCACGAUCGCCGAGUACUAUUUCUCCGGCCGCCUCAGCGGCAAGGUCAGCCUCUCGGGCGUGCAGCAAUCAAUCCUCCUGGCCAUCGGUCUGCAGCGCAAGAACCUCGAGGCCCUCGAGAAAGAAAUCAACCUGCCGUCCUCGCAGCUACUGGCCAUGUUCCUGAAGAUCAUCCGCAAGAUGUCGACGCACUUCCGUGCCGUCAUCGAGGGCGCCGUCGCCGAGACCCUCCCGGCCGAGAAGGCCGCCAUCGCCGCGCAGAGCGCCACGGAGGCGCACGACGAGGUGAUGGACGACCGCUUCAAGCCCCUGGAAACGGAACUCGAUGACGAGCUCCGCGAGGGCGGCCAGCAGAUCGACGAGGAGCUGCGCGAGAAGCAGCGGGCACUGAUCGACGCCUUGCCUCUUGAGAAAUACGAAAUCAACAACGGUAGCACCGCAUGGGACGAAGCCGAGAAGCAGAUCCGCACCGGCGGCACCUCAACCGUCAGCGUCAAGUCCUCCAAGCAAACCAAGCGGAAGAAGGGCGAAUCCGCCCGCGAGAUCUACGACCAGGAGAUUGACUCCAAGAGACAGAAGAUCAUCAAGAAGGGCACGGAGGGCCGCAAGAAGAAGCACUAGAUCAGCAGCAGCAGCAGUAGUAGUUGUAAUGAAAGCCGCGGGAACACAAUCAAAAAGCUUGAGCCUUACACACAACCCUUAUUCUAUGAUAUGAAGACUUUUUAUAUUUCUCUUGUCUGGUCUAUUCGCAACAUCCGUGGUUUUCUCAGGUGUGUGUACGUCUGGGUUUUGGUGGGUUGGCCAGGUCACUCUUCCCAAUGGGACUGGCUGCAUUCGAAAGUAAUGGUG